AUGAGGGCAGUGAUUGCGGGAAGGAAAGCAGGUGGAAAAACGAAACCUUUCCAUCGGAAUUGGGUUACGUGCCUAUAAACUCAUGGUUGAUUGAACUGUGAAGAUGGAGAUCCAUCUUGGAUUGAUUCUGAUUUUAUUAUUUGUUGCUUAGAGUCCUCUCAAUCAUACAAUUUUAUCGGAAGAAAGUAACAGGUAUAAACGUUCAAUUUUAAAGAAACCUCAAACCGUGCUUGAAAAACUGUUUGAAAAGAAAAUAUAGUACUAUUAAAAAAAAAUAAAACUUGAAUUUGAUAGAAAUUUUAUUUUUUUGGUCAACAAAAUUCAAAUGAUUUCCAAAAGUCCCUGGCAAAAAAAACAGGAACGAUGAGAGAGAUUUUUGAGGCAGAAAAAAAACGGAACAAACUCUAACUUUUUUUUCUCUCUUUUCGUUCUCACCGGUCGCCACUCUCGUUGUAAUCAUGCCAUUUUGUUUGUCUCCAUGGGCGCUCUUUUAAAAUAAAUCGCCAGAGAGCAUUGGAGUUCUAAUUGGGAGAUUUGGAAACAAAAAACUUUAAAAAUAAAAAUUUUUUUGCAAGAUCUACAUCCUUUCCCAUCUAAACUUUACUAGUUCAAAAAAAUGAAAAAAAUAUCUCUCCAAAUAAAAAAACUCAAAAAGGAUAAAGUACUGAUUAUUCGCAUUUUUUUUCGAAAAGAAGUCUAGUUUUCUAAACUCAUUCGAUAGGAGAAGUUUUGACUUCUUAAGAGAAAAAAAAAUUAUUGAGUGAAUGUUGCAAGCGAACGUUGACAAAAUUUUAAAUUCGCCCGCACCAGAACGCUAAUUUAUCUGUGAAAAACUGCUGAUUCGUUCGAAAAUUACGAUUGGUUCGGCUGUUAUCACCUCCUGGAGGCGAGAUAUGGUAACACGUUUCGCUUGGCGCACGACCUCGUCUUGGUUAUCUCGAGAAAAAUAACUUUUUGAUUCGAUGAUUCCGCUGAUAUUUUCGUGAUAUUUUACGCGGAGUUCAAGAGAUAAGUGGGAAGCUCAAGAUGAAUGAAUUCUUCUUUGCGUGAGGAUGGAAGGAGCCUACUAAAUAUGAAUGGAAGAAUGAACUUCUCAAACGCGGAAAAUGAAUUGAGACGAGGUGAAAGAACGAGUUUUCAUUUCGAUUAAAAACUGAACCACCUUGUUUUUGUUCUUUGUACUAACGGGAAAAGCUUGUUUUCGCCUUGAGUUUUUCUUUGGAUUGCGUCGAUUCAUGACCAAAGAACGGCGAAAUUGAGAGUUGAUGAAUCACGGGAUAUUCAAAAAUAGAAGAAUCUCGCGUUUAACUUUUUCCUACGAAGAAUUGCAAAAGCGGAAUAGCUUCCACUGGAAAAUUCAACAGACAAAUUUACGUUCUCCCAUGAAAAAAAAAUGUGAUGUACUUCAAAGAAAAUAAUUACAGAUACUCGUCCACCCAUAAAGUACGUUUUGGACGUCACAAUCGCCUAUCCAAAUGGAAUCCCGCUGAGUUUGGCGACUUUUGGCCUAGGAACGCGCGAGAAAUGCGAUAUCGCUGUUCAUUACAAGAUCUACGACGCUGAUGAGGUAGAAAUAUCUUUAGGAAGGGAUAUUUUGAUAUUCUCAAAAUGCACGGCGAAGUUUGAAAAAAAAAGUGUGCAAAAGACUUAUUUUGUUUUUCACAUCAAAUAACUCAGUUUGAAGAUUUUCCCGAUGUUUCAGUUGCAAUACUUUUUCUCUAAAAACGGAGAGGAAAGUAUGAAAGUCCGAAUAACGAAUUAAUGAUUUGAAAAAAAGAACUUCUUUCCGUCAGAUUCAUCGAUUUUCUAGUUCCUGAUGUUUGAAAUUGACAAUCUGCGUUUUUAUGAUCUAAGGAAAUUUUUUUUUUUUUUUAGAGAAGAGACGUUUUCUAUUUGAUUUGUUCAGAUUUGGCGAAAUUGUUCGUUAUUCGUAGUUCAAUUUAAAAAAAUGUUGUAAAUGUUCAAUAACUCGGAAAAACUCAAAUGAAAGACUCACACGUUGGACUUCUUCAGGUGCCAUUCGAAGAUGAGGAGAAACUCCGCGACUGGAUGUACAAGGUCUACAAAGAGAAAGAUGAUAUGCUGGGUAAGUGAGUGGGUCGCCAGAUGGGACCAAAACGAAAAGAAAAGCGUUAUCAGUGAAUGGGGAGAAGUGUUGCAAGAAAUGUCCACCCCGAAGGUUGAGCCGAGGGAUAAUUUCUCAAGUUCUUCGUUCUUUAACCGCUGUUUCUUUCAGACCAAUCGCAGAAGUUCCCCUGAUUUUUGUUCAGCGGGAUGAUAAAAAUACAGACAUUUUCGCGUAAACAGUUACGAAGCUUUUUUGAAAUCAAGAAUCAAGUACUUCGAUGAUAAGUUUGAUAAGAAUAUAGUCUGUUCAAAAAUCAUUUCCAAGUUUUUAGCAAAUCCGUCUAGAUUUUGAAAAUUGUGUUUAAGGGAGUUUAGAAAUGUGAGCUUUAUCACAAUUUUUGAUAAAUAGGUAAUAAUGAAAAAAACAGCGAUUUUUUUACAUUUUGUUCUAAGGCGUCGAGAAGAGACAAAAAUGUGUUCUGUCACGAAAAUUUUUGAAUUUAGGAUGAAUUUAAUUAAAAAUCAGGCUAAAAUACUUGAAAUUUUUUGAACAACGCAUAAAAAUCAAUUGAACGAACUUCAUGCAUUUUAAAAAUAGAAUAAAAUAAACGCGAAAGUUCAAAAGAGCCUAAACUUUUUGAGAAAUUUAAGUUAAUCACUAAAUCGUCAAACAGCUUCUUUAUUUUUGAUCUUAUUUGUUGUCAUUUUGGCGCGAUUUAGAAACAGUUCCCUUGGCCUUCAGAGAAAAUGUGUUCGAAGACUAUAGUUCAAACUUUUAAGUGAGAACGAAAAAAAAAGUUCACUAGAACAACUUUUUUGGAAAAAGAAGUGACUGAAAGUCGUUUCCAUGAAAUGGUAAUAUAAACGGUUGUGUGAGUGAGAUAAGAACCGGUGAUAAUGAAAAAAAGAGUGCGUUGAAGGCAGCGACCCUUGCCCUUCGGACCUUUCCCAUAAAUGUUCGUCCUCCAGCGCAUCCAAGAUCAACUCUUUUUUUUGUAUUUGAUCUUUCUUCAGUUUUUGGGCUGGUGGGAUAGUUUCAAAAGGUCUGUUGACACUUAUGAAUUGUCUUUCUUUUAAAUUUUCCGGAAAAAAUUGAAAAAUUUCGCCCCACUUACCCAUUAAGAGAUAAAAUUGCAUCAUCACACGAUUUUGUGCUUUGUUUAUUAAUAGUACCAAACUCCAUUCAUCGCUAAAUUGAUCUAUCAAAAAAAAUUGUGAUUUGUCUUCAGAAAAUAAGAAAGUUCCCCCGAAAGCUUCAAAUGAAGUUUCUACAAAGUUUAACUUUUUAAGUUUUUCGAGUAAAUCUACAUUUAGAGCAUAUAUGGGAGCACCUGAGUAAAUAGAAAGAGAAGAACUCGAAUUUUAAUGGAAAAAAAUCAAGUAAAAAUAACUGAAACAAUAUAAUUUUUUUGAAAAAAAGUUGUUUUAAAUUUGUUCCACAUUUUCAGCAAGAUACUACGAGACUGGUGAGUUCAACGCCGGUGAACGUGGAACAAGGAUAUCCUUCUCGUGGGCCAAAAUCAUCGGAAUGUACGCCUUCUGGUUCGCUUCGUUCUACUUCCAGUACCGCGUCUAUUCGUGGCUCAUCAAACAAGUCUUCUACCUGGCCUUUGUCCCAAAUGUUUGA